CUGACACUAUUAAUGACAAAAAUAUAUUGUCGUGAACAAAAAACAUGAAAAUUUUUAAGAUCUGAAAAAUCUAUUGCACAAAACAAGACCAAAGAAAACAUGAGGCUUCUAAUGCAACGACAAAAUAAUAUUUCUUAAAAUGUCGCUCUUUAAAUUAAAUGGAUUAGUACAACAGUUAGAAAGAAAAACCGCCAAAAUGUUAUAUAGCAGCUCAUCUAAGACAGGCGAUACCGGUUCAGAUGGAUGCGAUGCAACUAAGGAAAGUGACAAAGACAUCAAGGACGGUAGUUCGUCUCGUGAUGCCUUAACCUAUGCACUUAACACGUUUUACAAUAGUCGAAAAUACGGCCAUGAUUUGCCGGCCAACAACGUGUCGCUGAAUUUCGAGCCACUACACGGCAUACCUACUGGCGUCUUCAGGGAGACUUGCGGAGAGACACUAGGCGCCGGCACCGGUUUCGGAGGCUCGUGUUACCAGAAUCCUGAAUACUUUUCUUAUCAUCACAUGUCUUACUACGACUUUCAUAUAGCUUUAAGGGCAUUUCGGAAAGUUAGUCCUCAAACGGGACGAAAAAAAUAA